AUGAGCUUCAAUAAAAAUAACCCCAAUGCCGUGGGGAAAAUCAUGGACUACCUCAAGCAGCUCUCCACCGAAAUGGGUGGGAGCGAGCAAGCUCGCCGCGGACAAGGCGACGAGGAAAGGCUAUAUAGGACACGCGGUCCCAAGUACUCCCGAGUGCCUUCAAAGCCAACACUUUCUGCGUCAACCACUUCAACAUCUUUGGCGGCAUCUCUCGGAUCGCAGGGAACUUUGGUGCCUAAUUACGCUACCAUCCCAGAGAACGCUUCUACUGAAAGCAGCAGUGAGGACGAACAGGACUCAUUCGAGAACACAAGACGUCAUUUCCAGCAACUUCGCCAAAUCAGUCUAGGAAACGAGUUUAAGUACAAGAUGGAGAUGGAAAUUCAAGGCGCCAAGGAGGAGAAUUUGCGGAACUCGAUUCCAUUUGUAAAACAAUUGAGUACAGACAAUAACGCGAAACAACAACCAAAUGACUACACCAUCAAUGGAGACAAUCCGCCAUAUGCUCCGACGACACAACGUCUUUACCUGUGGACACAACUCUUGGCUGCAUUUGCAGUGUCUAUGGGUUCGCUGAUCGUCGGAUUUUCGUCAGGCUACACUUCUCCUGCUUUGAUUAGCAUGAACAACACUCUGCAUAUGACUAAAGAAGAGUCUACUUGGGUCGGUGGUCUUAUGCCCCUGGCAGCGCUGGUGGGUGGCAUAGCGGGAGGGCCUCUAAUUGAAUGCAUUGGAAGACGAUGGACCAUAAUGGGAAUGGCUCUACCAUUCUUCACCGGUUGGAUUUUAAUAGCAUCGGCGACAAAUGUAGUAAUGGUGUUUGCUGGACGAGUCUUCUGUGGCGUAUGCGUUGGAAUAGUAUCCCUGGCUUUCCCAGUAUAUCUUGGUGAAACACUACAGCCUGAAGUACGAGGUGCAUUCGGAUUGCUUCCCACAGCAUUCGGUAACACUGGAAUUCUUCUGGCAUUCUUUGUGGGUAGCUACUUCGACUGGUCGAAACUUGCAUACUUUGGAGCUGUGCUUCCUGUACCAUUUUUCUUACUUAUGCUGCUGACACCAGAAACUCCACGUUGGCUUGUGUCCAGAGGGCGAUCCGAAGACGCACGUAAAGCCUUGCAGUGGCUCAGAGGCAAGAAUACAAACGUUGAAAAAGAAUUGGGUGAUCUUACAAUGACACAGGCAGAUUCCGAUAGGAAAGGUGGCAAUGCACUUAAACAACUGUUUAAUUAUAAAUACAUGCCAGCCGUCCUUAUAUCUCUUGGAUUGAUGUUGUUUCAACAAUUAAGUGGCAUUAAUGCAGUGAUUUUCUAUGCCGCAUCAAUCUUCAAAAUGGCUGGCAGUAGUGUAGACGAAAAUUUGGCAAGUAUCAUCAUUGGAAUAGUCAAUUUUGUUUCAACAUUUAUAGCGUCUGCCAUUAUUGAUCGCCUGGGUCGUAAAAUGUUAUUAUAUAUUUCCUCAGUUGCUAUGAUUAUUACACUUGUAUCUCUGGGAGCAUAUUUCUACGUUAAGGAUUCAGGAGUUGAUGUCACCGCUUAUGGUUGGUUACCACUUGCUUGUCUUGUUAUAUAUGUCCUUGGUUUCUCUAUUGGAUUUGGACCUAUUCCAUGGCUAAUGUUAGGCGAAAUUUUGCCAUCAAAGAUCCGUGGCACAGCCGCUUCUUUGGCGACUGGAUUUAACUGGACGUGUACUUUCAUCGUUACUAAAACUUUCCACAAUAUUAUUGAUGCCAUUAAUAUGUACGGUACCGUCUGGUUGUUUGCUGUUAUCUGUUUAGUGGGAUUGUUCUUUGUGAUAUUCUUUGUGCCUGAAACCCGAGGCAAGAGUUUGGAAGACAUAGAAAGGAAAUUAACCGGGGGGCCGCGACGAGUGCGGAACAUUAACAGCAAGCAAUCACAAAAUUGCUAA